AUGUAUUUGAUAGGAAACUUCUUCUACGUUUCCCUUCUCCUGAUCAACGCCAUCGCCGUCCUCAGCGAAGAUCGCUUUCUCGCUCGCAUCAACCUCUCUCCAUCCUCCUACGACCCCGCCUUCGGGGCCGGCUCCGACGCAAGCAUCAAAGCCAAGAUCAUCAACCUCAUUGCCAGUGUUCGGACACUGAUGAGAAUACCACUCAUAGGCAUCAACACCCUCGUAAUAGUCUACGGACUCUUCUUCGGAUAA